UUCACUGCCCACGGCCCUGCUGAUAAAAGCAAAGCUCAUCCCCGCCGUUGAAACUCUAUUUUCAUCCUCUACAGCUCAGCCUCCUUCAUCUCCUGGGUCCUGCCAGCCAUGAAGCUUAUUUUCCUGUUUCUUGCCAUUCUUCUGGCUAUGGAACCAGUAAUGUCAGAAUGUUGGAUGAAAGGACACUGUCGGCUGGUGUGCAAAGACGAUGAACAGAACAUCAUACGCUGCAAAAACCGUAAGCGGUGCUGUGUCCUUACUCGUUACAUAACAGCGGAGCCCAUGACAAUUGACGGAAUCCUUGCCUGGACCAGUCCUCAGACAUCCACACCAGCCACUAAAAAGAAGAGAAAUAGACAUCGUGGAUAAAAAUGGCUUUGCUUCAGAUUUCUUAGUUUUCACAUUUCAUUAAAACUCACAAAUUUGUUUUUUGUGUCUGCCAGUGGUCAGGAAUGAUACCCCAAAUGGAUUGAGAGUGGAGAGGUAGCAGAGGGAAUUAGGAGAUAGUAGAGAGAGGUCGUUAGGGCUGGGUCACAGCAAUUAAAUGAUGAUUAUACUUUUGACGAAGGUUCUUCAUCAGCUGCAGAAGAGGCUACUGCGUCAGGGGUGAACUGAGAACAGGGGAGCAGAGAGAUUUAAAGACAAGCAGAUGCCUGGAGAGAGGGAGAAUCGUUGGCCUGGGAGUGUUGGUUCAUCUUAGGAGUGAAUGGGCUGGGUGUAGACAGGGGUUGAGUAAAGCCCUAAAUAUUUGGGUUCCUAGGGAAUUCAGCUGAGAUGCUUUCUGAUGUUCAAGACCCUCCAGAUCCAGGGCCGGAAGAUUUCCAAAUACUAACA